GCUCGUGCAUUCAGGCUUCAGCAAUACGGCAGAGCAGCGUGAAAUAGCAAAUAGGCAGGAAUCAGGAUUUUGCAAAACAGAAGAAGAGACGAUGGCGAAAUCAUGUAAAGGACUCGCCGCGGAACUCGUCAAGUGCCUCAGUGAAUCGGACUGCGUUACUGUCGAGAAUCGGCCGUUUAGAGAUUGUGCCAAGGAGCAAAGUCCUUGUAUAUCUUCAGAAUGUGUCGGAUUAAGAGAAACUUAUUUUAAUUGCAAAAGAGGCCAGAUUGACAUGAGAGCUCGAAUUCGUGGAAACAAGGGGUACUAAAGGGCGGAACUCUUUCCACGGGGUACUAAAGUGCGGAACUCUUAAUGGCUAUUGGUGGCUUGAUAUAAGUUUCUUAACCAAGGUCUUUGUAUAAAUGAAUGCCUUAUCUCUUAAAAGCCAAUAUGUAUUCUAAAACCUUUAAUUUCCGUAAUUUGGAUGAGUUCACGGCUUAAUCUGUAGGAAUACAGUUUAAACUUUUUCUAGCCGAUACUAUUUGAUACUGUAACGAAUUUGGUCCUUUGCUGCAUAUUAUGGGAUGGGCAUCUUGGAUGA